AUGUCGGACCUCAAGUCCCUUGUUCAAGAGCUCCAAAAUGCUCUGGAGCGCAAACAGCUGGAUGCCGCCAACAACCUCCUGAGUCAAGCCAAGCGUGCCCUCCUCAUGCAAAAUGCCCUGAUCCCGACCCCCUCCACAACACCCCAGCUCGUCGCCCUCGCCCGGCAAGUCCUCGAGCUCGGUGCCCUCGCGUCGAUCCGGCAAACCGACGCGCAGACCUUCACAAGAUACUAUCAGCAGCUUCAGCCAUUCUACGACCUGGAGCGCCAUGCCGGUGUGCCCGGACAGAGCUCCCCUGAGGUCGAUUUCAGCACCAGCCAGCGCCGCAAGAUCACAGGACUGUACUUGCUGCUUCUGCUUAGCAUGGGCGACAGCGCUAAUUUCCACACUGUGCUGGAGGGGUUGGUCGAGGAGGCUAGCUUGAAGGGCGGUCGCAUUGAGGAUGAUCCCUAUAUCAAAUACCCUGUUGAGCUUGAGCGGAACUUGAUGGAGGGCAGCUAUGAUAAGGUGUGGCGGGAGACGAAAUCGGAGCGUGUGCCAUCCGAGGACUUUGGGCUGUUCUCAAACGUCCUUAUCGGCACGAUUCGCAGCGAGAUCGCAGACUGCUCCGAGAAGGCCUAUCCUUCCCUCCCCAUCUCCAACGCCAAGAACCUCCUCUUUUUGGAAUCCGAGGGUGCAGUGAUUGAGUUUGCUCAGCAGCGUGGUUGGAUUCUUCGUGAUGGACGGAUAUACUUCCCCGUUGAGCCCGAGGCGGCCACGAGGUCCGAGAAGGACAUCUUGGUGGCCAGCGGCACUGUUAUCGAGAACACACUAGGCUACGCUCGGGAGCUGGAGACGAUUGUUUAA